AUGAAAAGAAGUGAAGAAUUAAUAAAUAUAAAUGAUAAUCAAGAAGAAACAAGUAUUCUUCGUUGUUGGAAAUGUAGAAAAUGUAUAGCAAGUUCUGGUUGUUUCAUGAAUUAUCUCGGGAAUGAAGUGCUCACAGACAGACACGAUGCAAUUGAUGAACAAAAUAUUUGUCAUGUGUGGCACUUGAAUGUAGACGCCCUUCCAGAAUGGAUAAAUUGCUUGAUACAAAACGCCCAGUGGACAGUUGGAAAACUGAAUUGCCCUUUCUGUGGGGCCCGUUUAGGGGGCUUUAAUUUUGUCAGCUCUCCAAAAUGUUCCUGUGGCCAGCUUGCAGCUGUACAUCUCUCCAAGAGCCGUACCGAUUAUCAGCUAACGAGGACAGGCGGACAAAUGAGACCCUCUCUGAAAUAUUUGUUACAUCCUAAAGUUCAGUCAGGUUCUGACAAGUCAACUCUGCCGACAGGUGGCAAUUCCAAAAACCGAAAUCACGGACUUUUCAACAUGGCCCAAAAUAAUAAUGGCCCUGGAAGAUUAACAGAAGCACUCUGCCUGGAGGUACGAUCAACAUAUUUUGAGAUGAAGAAGGAAAAACUGCUGUUCAAAGCUUCAGAUCCAAAAUACCAGCUUUUUGUUCCCCAGCUUGUGACUGGCAGAUGCACUCCAAGAGCUUUUCAUAGAAAAUCUCAUAGUUUGGAUCUGAACAUCAGUGAGAAACUGACUUUAUUACCCACUUUAUAUGAAAUACAUAGUAAGACCACUGCCUACCCUAGGCUAAAUGAAACACAGCCUAUUGACCUGUCAGGCUUGCCUUUAGAAGCUAGUAAAAAUAGCUGUUCCUUUCAGAUUUCAUCAAGUUUUGAUCCUAACAUGCUGCUGCAAAGAUUUUCAGUGGCUCCCUGUGAGACUCAGACACAAAGAGGAGGAGAAUUUCAGUGUGGUCUAGAAGCUUCUGCAGUGUACUCUGACCAUACUAGUUCUAACAACCUGACUUUCCUGAUGGACCUACCCUCAACUGGCAGGAGCACGCUGGAGGCCUCAGACCAGGAAGAGCACCUCUCCCCCUUGGACUUCCUGCACUCGGGCAGUUUUUCAUUGGGUGCCAUUAAUCAGAGGCUCAGUAAGAGAGAAAGGAGCAAAUUGAAAAAUUUGAGAAGGAAACAGCGAAGGCAUGAAAGAUGGCUGCAGAAGCAGACUUUGAAUACUGACAUGAGUACAGAUGAUGACAAUGAAUAUGCAGAGGAAAAGGAAAGCUAUAUCUGUGCAGUCUGCCUGGAUGUUUAUUUCAACCCCUACAUGUGUUACCCUUGCCACCAUAUCUUCUGUGAGCCCUGCUUACGGACUCUAGCCAAAGACAAUCCUGCAAACACUCCGUGCCCACUGUGUCGGACAAUUAUUUCUAGAGUCUUUUUCCAAACAGAACUGAACAAUGCCACAAAAACAUUCUUUGCUAAAGAAUAUUUGAAAAUAAAACAAAGCUUUCAGAAAUCCAACUCUGCAAAAUGGCCUCUACCAAGCUGCAGAAAAGCUUUCCAUCUUUUUGGAGGUUUCCACAGACGAGCAGCUCCAGUUACAAGAAGACAAUUUCCACACGGUGCACACAGGAUGGAUUAUCUGCACUUUGAGGAUGAUAGCCGUGGAUGGUGGUUUGACAUGGAUAUGGUGAUCAUUUAUAUUUAUUCAGUGAACUGGGUCAUUGGAUUCAUUGUUUUCUGCUUUCUUUGCUACUUUUUCUUUCCGUUUUAGGAAUUUUCAUACUUUGCUACAGUGGAACAAUCAUAAUGAUGUAGAUAGCAUUUACUGAUACAUUUUUAAAAAGUGCUUUGAAGUUUUUAUAACGUUGCAAAAUAUAAACUGUUGGUGUUUUUAGAAAGCCUAAGCAUCAUGGACUUAUUUAUUAAUGUUUUUCAUGUAACAAUCUAUGAUUCAAGAAUAAUUUCUGUCUAGCACUUAGUAGCAGUGCACUGUUAAUUUCUUAUUUCUUGAUUUAGAAUUUGUGGACUCUAAUUUUGCAAAUGUCACUUUUAUAUUUAUCCUGAUUGUAAAGACUGGGGUUUUUCCCUCUAUGUAAAAAAUAGUAAAAAUGUAAAAUGAAGUGAUAAUCUGGAUAGAUAGAAUCUUUAUUGAUAAACUAUUUUAGUCAAUCACUACUUAUUCUCAGGCAAAUUAUAUGCAUUAAAGAUAGUCCACAUUUUCUGGGCAAUAAUCUGGCAGGGUAUAUUCAGAUUGUAAUUAUGUCUUGUUCUGGUACCAAGAAAGUUUACUAUCAUUUUUUAACAGAUCUGUAAUAGCAUCAUGCAACAUUUUUAAUUAUUACAAGAACAGUGUAUUAAAUACCAAAAUAAUUGAAACUAACUACCAACAGUACAAACUUAGACAAAUGUAUUAACACUUUCAAAUCACAGAAUUACUCACCCAAAGAAAUAAAAAUUUACUGAUUUGUAGUCUAAAAGAGCAGUGCAUGUGCAAAAUGUAAUUAAUUCAUUGACUUAAUUAGGAGAGUGUCAAAUAUAUUGUAAAUGUGCAAUAAAGAAUGGCUUUU